AUGACCAUCCCUGUGGGUGACAGGUUCCUAUGCUGGGUCAGCUUUGAUAAAGGCCUCGUCCUAUGCGACAGGGCGGAAGAGGCGAGACCCAAGCUGAGGCACGUAUGUCUCCCUGUGUACUAUGAUCCAAGCUACUACACCAAUGACCUGCCUCCCAUUAGUGAUACGAAGGGCAUGGGCGCUGCUGGCCCAGGCGCUGUGAGGUUCGUCGCCAUCGAACCCCACUGCUACUGCGGAUGCCUUGGGAGGAGCUCGUGCGCGCGCUCCCGCUUUGCCUUCACGGUGACCACGUGGACACUGACCCCGACCAUGGACGAGCCGGUGGCAUGGAUGAAGGACAGCGUGCUCGACUGUGAGGAGCUCUGGGCGAUGCCGGGGUACGAGGGCCUCCCUCGCGGGCACCUACAGUCCCCCAUCGUGAGCUUGGACAACCCCGACGUCGUGUGCUUUAAGGUAACCAGGGCCCACAAGGACCAAGACAUAUGGAUGAUCCAGGUCGACAUGAGGAGGAAGGCACUGCUGGCAGCCGUGCAGUGGACCUCCAACACAUGGAGAUCACACCUUCAUUUACCGGCAAAACUUUAG